AUGGACGUGGUUAAGAAACAACAAACAUAUUUUAUGCAUGAAGAAGAAGAAGAAGAAGAAGAGAAGCAAUUUUCCAAAGAAGUUGAUGAAAUUCAAAGGUCUUCAAUUGGGAACCAGCUGCGAGUUGGGUUCUUUGGAAGAGAUGCUUGUGCCCAGACUGACGUCUCAGAGUUGCCUACUAUCAAUUUGCUCUCCAGCAACACAACUGCGCUCAUUAAGGAAAUAGAAAAACUGAGGAAAGAAGUGGAGAUGAAAGUUAAGUUUAUGAAGGCCCAGUAUAAGUCAAGACUGCAAGAAGAAGCAGAGUGUCUGUAUGCCAGAAUCAAUGACAAGGUCAAGAGUCUGGAGAAUCACCACAAGGAGAAAGUCAGAAUUAUUCGCAAAAGUUACCAACAACAAUUUGCUGACGCGAUACCUGUAAUUAAUGCCAGCCUCAAGAGAUACUACAUGAAACGUGGCGACAGGGUGGAAACGCUGGUCGACGACACAGACCAGAUGAAGGCGCUUGUGGCUGAGCUCCAGAAGAAGACCCUUCAGAUGGAUUGCAUGGGUGAACAGCUGAGGGACUACGAACAGAGGACUCUGGCCCAGAUCAACUCAGAUCAGGGACUGGAGGAUGCAGAGAAAGACUGGCUGAGGAGUGAAAAUGAAAGGCUGAAGGAUGAUCUGGAUUCUGUGCACAUGCACAUGGAGGAGAUCCUUGCCUCUGUGGGCACCAAAGAACAACAGUUGGAAGAUCAAGCUUACACGAUUCGAAAACUGAAGGCCGAUGCAGCGGAGGAUAAAUUAAAUAUGCAGAAGAUGAGCAAUGACUGUGAACAACUAAAAGCUCAAAUCAACCUGGAGAAAGAGAACAGCAAAAGAAAGAUUAAGGCAGUUAAACAAGACCUGGAGAAAGAGUUGAAAGGUGUGGAGGAGUCUCACAAAAAUGAGAAACUGGCUAUGGAGAUGAAGUUAGAGGACAAGCAGCAGGCAGAGAAGGAGAGGCACAAGGCUGAAAUACAAGCCCGGGAGGGUUUGAUGAAGGCCCAGGCCGCAGAGAAACAUCCUGUGGUUCAGAAGGAAGAGGGAGACUUGAUCCAGCAACUUGAGUCGCUGAAAAAGACAGAAACUGCCCUGAGAAGUCAAACUGCUAAGCUCCAGAAAGAACUGUUUCGCUCCAAUGAGUUAUGGGAGGUGAAGUUUGAGGUUCUGAAUCGGAGUUUCCACGCCGUCAAGGAUGAGAUGUUCCUCAGGCAGACCCUGCAGCGCCAGGCAGCCCAGCUCCAGCAUGCCUCAGUCACCUACACGAUGGAAACUCCUGUUUAUCACCAGAGUGCCGGUGGAUACAGCAAUGGGUUCAAAAUUCCUGGUUAUACCAAAGGCACGCCCCUGCCAAACAUAGGCACUGGAGGUCACCAUGAGAGGAACUGUACCCAUCAGAGGAGGGACAUCGUUGUGCCAGAUGGGAGGAGAGGAACUAAUGCACUCUCCUGUUCAGCAGAGUCCCAGCUGGAGUCAGGUGAUGAUGAUGAUGAUGAUGAUGGGGAGGAAGAGCUGGUGGGGAUUCUUCCUCAUCCUUCAUCCCCGGCCAGACAGACGUCCUCCCUUACCUCCGCUGUCAACGCCCCCUUCAAGUAA